GUUUCUCAAACGAAAAUUAAGAAUGAAAAAAUACGACAAAUACGUGAAUAAUAAUGAAGAAAACAAGAAAACAGCAGGAAUUAAAGAAAUAUUGAAUAACUCCAUGCCCCAAAGAGAUUAUGUUAGAAGGUAUUCAAUAAAGGAGAAAUAUGAUUUGCAAGACAAUUAUGAAUGGAAUAGUAGAGGAAAUACGAAUUUCAAGAGUUCUCACCAAUUGAUUGUUCCAAAAAAUGAAUUAUAUUUAUCGCAGACAUGUAAUAAAAACUGCAAAGCAACAAAAAUAUACAGUAAGAGGAAGAGGAAAAAUAACAACAAGCAAAUUUCUAUUGACGAAUAUUUAAGUGCAACAAAAAAUAUUCAAUGUGAUAAAAUAUCCUCCCAAUACCUAACAAAUUCACCAUCAACUCAUAAAUCAGAUUCAAAUACACCAAAUGGAGCAGACCAUGGGGUUUCUUCUUCGGUAAAUAUCAAAUCGGAGGAAAACUCCCACUUCAAUAUUAAUGUUGCUUUACAACUGAGUUCUCAGAUUUCAUAUUCUCAUUCGAUAGAUACCAUACCAAAAAGAAAGAUAUCAGAGUAUUUUCCUCUGAAAAAAUACAUCCAUAAAAAAAGAUUGCCAGAAAAACCAUCAAAGUGGAUUUCUCUCAAUUUGUUGGAGGAAAAAGCUACUGAUAAGAAGUCAAAUGAAAGUUUAAACUCCUCUGCUAAUAUUUCAUCUAGACCUGAAAAAUUCAGUCAUCAUGAAUAUUCUAGUUCGGACAGAAUUGAUUGGGUCAGCAGAGGAUUACGAAGAGAUAAAAUUGAUUGUGAACUUUCUAUUCCAAAAAGUGAACUUUUUGUCAAGAAUAAUUGCUCGAGCACUGAACAAAACUCAACUUAUAAAAAUAAAAGGAAAAAAAGAAAAUAUUAUCCAGACAACAAAAAAAAGAUAAGACAAACUACUUUAUAUGACUCUUUCAUGAAGAAAUAUGAUAAUUUGAUGAACGAAAAUAAGGAUUCGAAAUUAGAUAAGGCAUCGAAGAAUAAACAUUUUGAUACUAAUGAAAAAUCGACAACCACAGGUAGUCCAUUGAAAACAUACAAUAAAGAACAAAUAUCAUGCGUUAAACAUGAUGAAAAUUCUUCUAGAAAUACUAUAAAAUCGAAAGAUAUUUCACCUCCUUGUGGCUCAAGUGAGAAGUACGAUAAUGAUCUUAAUGGCAAAUCGAUAUCAAUCAAUACAAUUGGAUUUCAAAGUCUCAUUUAUGAGAAAGAUAUGCCUGAAAGUAACACUAUCAUAGGUUUUGUUAAACCUAACGAAUUGAAAGAUGAUCAACUACAUGCUUCUCCUACUGAUUUGAGUGAAACAAGUAUAGUGGGUGAGCAACAGAUAAUGAACAUAAAGAAAAAUUAUGAGUGUUCUCAACAGGAAUCGCAAGAAAUAGAUAAUAUUAUACCGGAGUUAAGUUCACAAAAAGAGAUUAGGAAUAGUUUAUUGUAUAAGGAAUAUGUAAGCAGUAGUUCACAUUUAGGAAACGAUUGUUCAAAUAAGCCAUCAUCUAAUAGUGGAAAUAUCAAGGAUAUGGCUAAAUGCAAUCUGCAUUCUUCAUUUGAAUAUAACACAAUUGAAAAAAAUAUCAGAGAUACUGUAUUGAGCGACAGCAAAUUGAAGGAGUCUGAAGAAGUUCCUCAGAUAAUUAGAGGAACAGAAAAAUUGGUAGAUAAAAAUGAUACAGACAACAGGAAGAACCUUGUUUCACAAAUUCCAAAAAUCAAAUUACAGGAACCCUUUAUUGUCUCUUCGUAUCAUCUACUCAAAAGUGUAUCAAGCCCAGUUAUCAAAGAUCUUGAAUGUCGAGAAUACUUGAGGGAUUUAGUCAGUAGUAAUCAACUAGAGAAAUCAUCUAGUUUACCUGAAGAUAUCCCAAACUCUUAUCAUGCCGCACAUCAAGAGUGUUCCCAAGAAAAUUUCCUCCACUUCUGGGAAAAUAUUCUGUCUCAGAAUCAAGAAGACUGCUCUCAAAAUGUAUCCAAUAGCCCUGCUAUUGGAGCUUCUUCCCACAAUAUCCCACGAAGAGCUCAACCUAAUGCGCAAGAUGGCUCUGAAGUAUUUCAGUAUAUAUUAAGUCAAGAUUGUGUGAACUCCGAUGCACUUGUGAAUAAUGCAAUCAAAAACAUGAACAAUCUGAGUCAAAAAGUCACGGAAAAGAGAAAUUUGAUAUUCGAUAGCAACAAAAACGCCAACAAACUAUUGGAAAUCGCCUUUAAGAUUUAUUCCCAACAUAAGGAAAAAUCCAUUCUGUCCAAGGCACAAUCUUCAGUAUGUCAGCGAUUUUCAAAACUCAGUGUAACAAAAAAAAUCGAAGGUCAUGUAUGCAUUUAUAGGAUAAUUAAAAACGGGGAUGGUAAAAAUGAGUUUUCUAGGAAUGAAACAGUUAGAUUAUGGAAUGAUCCUGUUUCCAAAAGUUCGAUAUCAGAAUCUGAUGGAAACAUUUUGUCAGGAUUGAAGGAAAUAUGCGAAAAUAUAUCAUACCUUCAUGAUGAGUCAAACGAUGGUCUACUUAUCUCGGUCAAAACUGAAAAUGAUAUUGAAAAUCGAAUCAUGAGUAUUUUUGAGCGAGUAUUGAACGACCUAAAUGAGAAAAAGUCGCCAUGUUUGGAAAUUCGACGACAAACAUUUGAAGAUUGCGUUCUUGUGCAUGAUAGAUUGGAAUUGAAAUCUGAAGAGAACCCAAAAAUGAUUAGGGUGAAGUAUAAGAGUACUUCGAGUCAAUUUAAGUUUUGUUUAAUGAUGUAUGUGUUGGCUAAAGUACUCCAGGUCCUAGAAACCAACUCUAAGACCACUAGACGAGAACUUUACUACCAAAUAAAGCAUCUGGUAUUGAAUCAGAGCUAUAUUGAUCGAGCUGUGAAAGCAGUUUGUUACAUGUUAUGCGUUGGACCCUGGGAGUUGAACAUAGUUGCUCAUAAAGGACUGAUAUUUGGCGAUUUGAAAAUUGUCAUGUCUUCAAACGAGAUUGUUGACUGUAAUAUACCAGGUACUUUGAUACCUCAAGACAUUGAUGAAAUUGUAGAAUUGAGAUCUUCAGCUUACUUCAUUUUAGUGGUUGAAAAGGAAUCGAUAUUUUAUAAGCUACUCGAAGAAGAUCUUCCUAAUAAACUUGUUCGACCUUUUCUCAUGAUUACAGGAAAAGGCUUUCCGGAUUUGAAUACACAACUGUUUUUGAAGAAGCUAUGGAUCAUUAUGACAAUUCCAGUAUUUAUUUUCACAGAUGCUGACCCUCAUGGGGUUAAUAUAAUGAUGACAUAUAGAUUUGGUUCUUUGGCUAAUGUUCAUUUAUCGAAACAGCUUGCUGUUCCAAAAGCCCAGUGGUUGGGUGUGUUUCCCUCUGAGAUCGUUAAAUUGAAUGCAGACAAACAAUCAUUGACAGAAACUGAGAGAACCUUAGUACGGAAUUUAUUGAAAUCACCUUAUAUGAAGAUUAAUUCAAAGAUUGAAAAGGAACUGAAAAUAAUGCUAGAAUCUGGGUACAAAGCAGGAAUUGAAGGAAUAAUUAAAAAUAAUACAUUUCUGAGUGAAUUUUAUUUUCCGUUGAAAUUUCAUAACAAAGAUUUGAUAUAACAUUUUACGUUGUACCACAACAAUAAAUUCUCUGAUCAGCAAUUAAAA